CCCAGGCUUCCUCUUGAUGGGGAUGAUGGGCAGGAUGGGCAUGUCAUGGCUGUGGCUGGCGGGGGAGGCCAGGCCUGGAAAAGAGAGCGUUCUGGUCCUUUUCUUUCUUUCUUUCUUUCUUUCUUUCUUUCUUUCUUUCUUUCUUUCUUUCUUUCUUUCUUUCUUUCUUUCUUUCUUUCUUUCUGGAGAGUUGAGAGGCCUGGCUUUCUCUCUGGUGAUCUCAGUCCGGCCGUGAAGGGAAUGAUCUCAUCUGUGGCAAAUCCUCCUUUUGUCUCACCUUCCUUCCCUCUCCUGCUUCUCCCUCCGCUCUUCCCUCCCUUCCCUUUCUCUCCCUCCUUCUCUUCCUUCUUGCCUUUCGCUCACUCUUUGUCCCUUCUUGCUUUCCUUCCUUCCUUCCUUCUUUCCUUCCCUCUAUUCCUUUCUUCCUUUCUCCCUCUUUCUUUCUCUCCCUCUCUUAACUCUUUCCUUUCUCUCUCUCUGUUCCUUCCAUCCUUCCUUUUUACUUCUUUUCCUCCCUCGUUCCCCUUUCCCCCUCCUUUUCUCCCUGCCCCAUUCCUUCCUUCCUUUCUCCCUCCUUCUCUUAAUUAUUUACUUUUUUCUCUGUGUGUGUUCCUCCCUCCCUUCUUUCUCACUCCCUUCUUCUCUCUCUCUCUCUCUGUUCCAUCUUGCUUUCCUUCCUUCUUUUUUUACCUCUUUUCCUCCCUCCUUCUUUCCCUCCCUCUCUUUCUUCAUUCCUUCUUUAGCUGCAUUCCUUCUUGCUUUCCUUCCUUCCUUUCCUCCCUCCAACCCUUCCUUUUUUCUCCCUCUUUCUCUCCCUCUCUUCUUCUCUCUCCUUCAUUCCUUCCUUUUACCUCCUUUUCCCCCCUCCCUCCCUCUCUUCCUUCUUUUCUUUUUUCUCCUUCCCUCCCUUCCUUCCUUUCUUCCCUCCUUCUCUCCCUCCCUCUCUUUCUUCAUUCCUUCUUUAGCUGCAUUCCUUCUUCCUUUCCUUCCUUCCUUUCCUCCCUCCAGCUCUUCUUUUUUUCUCCCUCUUUCUCUCCCUCUCUUCCUCUCUCUCUCCACUCCUUCUUUCCUUCCAUCCCUCCCUCCAUUCCUUGCGUUUACCUCCCUCUCUUCCCUCUUUUCUUUUGUCUCCUUCCCUUCCUCCCUUCCUUUCUUCUAUCCCUUCUUUCCUUCCUUUUUCUCUCCCUCCUUUUCUCUGUUAGGCUGUUAGGGAUUGUGGGAGUUGCAGUCCGAAACACCCAGAUGGCCCAAGUUCCCGCCCAGCCAAUCCGCUUUCUUGCAGACGAAUAAAACUUGCUUAGUUUGGAAAUCUGCAACUCGAUUGUGACACCAGGCGCCAUUGCUCUCCCAUAGGCCACAUGGAGAAAAAUGUGUUUGUGUGCCUGCCUGCCUAGGCCCAACCCCAGAGGAAAUCCCCGCUCCCUUCUGCCGAUGGCACCGCUUCCUCUCCGACUUCCUCGAUCUAUUUGCAGAGGCUCAGGCGGCCUCCGUCUGCACUGCAGAGCGGGUGCAGUUCAGCACCACUUUCAGCUGCCGUGGCUCAAGGCUAUGGAGUCUUGUGAGGAUAGCUCCACACUGCCAUACAGCCAGGUUAUCUGGUUUGAACACAAUUAUACAAGUCCACACUGCCAUAUAACCCAGUUCAAAGAUGAAUUGAGGUUAUCUGCUUUGAACCGGAUUAGAUGAGUCCACCCAAUUGUACGAGUCCACACUGCCAUAUAAUCCAGUUCAAAGUUGAAUUCAGGUUAUCUGCUUUGAACCGGAUUAGAGGAGUCCACAAUAAUCCAGUUCUAAGAUGAAUUCAGAUUAUCUGCUUUGAACCAGAUUAGUUGAGUCCACAAUAAUCCAGUUCAAAGGUGAAUUCAGGUUAUCUGCUUUGAACCGGAUUAGAUGAGUCCACAAUGAUCCAGUUCAAAGAUGAAUUCAGGUUAUCUGCUUUGAACCAGAUUAGACGAGUCCACACUGCCAUAUAAUCCAGUUCAAAGUUGAAUUCAGGUUAUCUGCUUUGAACCGGAUUAGUUGAGUCCACAAUAAUCCAGUUCAAAGGUGAAUUCAGGUUAUCUGCUUUGAACCGGAUUAGAUGAGUCCACAAUGAUCCAGUUCAAAGAUGAAUUCAGGUUAUCUGCUUUGAACCGGAUUAGAUGAGUCCACAAUGAUCCAGUUCAAAGAUGAAUUCAGGUUAUCUGCUUUGAACCAGAUUAGUUGAGUCCACAAUAAUCCAGUUCAAAGGUGAAUUCAGGUUAUCUGCUUUGAACCGGAUUAGAUGAGUCCACAAUGAUCCAGUUCAAAGAUGAAUUCAGGUUAUCUGCUUUGAACCGGAUUAGAUGAGUCCACAAUGAUCCAGUUCAAAGAUGAAUUCAGGUUAUCUGCUUUGAACCAGAUUAGUUGAGUCCACAAUAAUCCAGUUCAAAGGUGAAUUCAGGUUAUCUGCUUUGAACCGGAUUAGAUGAGUCCACAAUGAUCCAGUUCAAAGAUGAAUUCAGGUUAUCUGCUUUGAACCAGAUUAGUUGAGUCCACAAUAAUCCAGUUCAAAGGUGAAUUCAGGUUAUCUGCUUUGAACCGGAUUAGAUGAGUCCACAAUGAUCCAGUUCAAAGAUGAAUUCAGGUUAUCUGCUUUGAACCAGAUUAGUUGAGUCCACAAUAAUCCAGUUCAAAGGUGAAUUCAGGUUAUCUGCUUUGAACCGGAUUAGAUGAGUCCACAAUGAUCCAGUUCAAAGAUGAAUUCAGGUUAUCUGCUUUGAACCGGAUUAGAUGAGUCCACAAUGAUCCAGUUCUAAGAUGAAUUCAGGUUAUCUGCUUUGAACCGGAUUAGAUGAGUCCACAAUGAUCCAGUUCAAAGAUGAAUUCAGGUUAUCUGCUUUGAACCAGAUUAGUUGAGUCCACAAUAAUCCAGUUCAAAGGUGAAUUCAGGUUAUCUGCUUUGAACCGGAUUAGAUGAGUCCACAAUGAUCCAGUUCAAAGAUGAAUUCAGGUUAUCUGCUUUGAACUGGAUUAGAUGAGUCCACACUGCCAUGUAAUCCAGUUCAAAGUUGAAUUCAGGUUAUCUGCUUUGAACCGGAUUAGACGAGUCCACAAUAAUCCAGUUCAAAGGUGAAUUCAGGUUAUCUGCUUUGAACCGGAUUAGACGAGUCCACAAUAAUCCAGUUCAAAGGUAAAUUCAGGUUAUCUGCUUUGAACCGGAUUAGACGAGUCCACAAUAAUCCAGUUCAAAGAUGAAUUCAGGUUAUCUGCUUUGAGCCAGAUUAGAUGAGUCCACACUGCCAUAUAACCCAGUUCAAUAAUCUGGAUUAUAUGGCAGUGAUGAUAAGACCGGGUUGUAGUCUGGUGAGGCACCAGCACUCUUUGGCAGAGAAGACUGAAGUCCUUAGAAAAAUAUAACUCUCAAGGUUCAAUUGUAUUGAGCCAUGGCAGUUCACAUAGCAUCAAACUGAAUAAAUUCUGCAUUCUAAGAACUUUAUUGCACAAGUCAGGCAAUGCCGCUAGACCAGCCUUUUUGGUCUUGAUUGCAAAGAAGUCCUUGGAAAACUACAACUCCCAGAGAUCAAUUGUAUUAAGCCAUGGCAGUUCACAUAGCGUCAAACUGAAUCAAUUCUGCAUUCUAAGAACUUUAUUGCACAAGUCAGGCAAUGCCGCUAGACCAGACUUUUUGGUCUUGAUUGCAUAUCAUGCCCUUUGGCAGGGAAGUCCUUGGAAAACUACAACUCCCAGAGAUCAAUUGUAUUAAGCCAUGGCAGUUCACAUAGCGUCAAACUGAAUCUAUUCUGCAUUCUAAGAACUUUAUUGCACGAGUCCGGCAUUGCCGCUAGACCAGCACCUUUGGUCUCUAUUGCAUGUCAUGCUCCUUGGAAAACUACAGAUCACAGGGAUCAAUCGUCUUGAACCAUGGCAGUUCAAGUAGGGUUGAACUGCAUCAAUUCUGCAGUGACAUUCCAAGAACUUCAUGGUGGGAGUUGGAGUCCAAAACACCCGGAGGGCCCACGUUUGCCCAUGCAAUUUUUUGCAAAAUGCAAGAAAAAUUCACAAACACAUAUAGCGCAGGAAGGUGAGGUUUUGUGGGAAUCGGGAAGUAUGAUCAUGGGAACAUGAACUGUCGAAUUGGCACAAUUGUGCUAAUGAAGCAUGGCGCAAUACUGAAGAAGCCCAAUAGCAUAUGCAUUCAUUAUACAUAUGCUCAACAAAAAAAUGUGGUGUCUUAGUCUUUAGGCUAUUUGGAAGGUUGAUUCAGAAACUUGCAUUGGAUAGACGGUUUUCAUCUCUUAGAUAUUGUUAUCAUGCUUUUCUAUGGGCGAGCAAAUGGCAUAUGUUCUGUAUCUCCAAAACCAGAGCUGAUGGGGGGAAACCGGUAGCAUUUUUUGAAUCAGCAGGUCCAAUAUACCCAGAAAUAAAACUAAAAUCUAAGUCACCAAAAAUAUGUAUUCAGUGUUAUCAAUGGUAUCAAAUAGUAGGCUCGUGCGAUAAAGUCCCGAGAGAGAGACGUCAUUCUUAAAUGCGUUUUUAUUAGAGAUAAUUGGUGAGUUGUUUCAAUUGUGCUAAUGACGAGAGGUGCGAUAUUAAGGAAAUGCAAUGCAAUCUGGUAUCAAUGAUAACGCAACUGCGGGUUUGUGCGAUACAGUCCCGAGAGAGCCAAGGCGUUCUGGCAAAUGCGCAUUUUCGUGCAUUGUUGCAAACGGAUGCAGUUACGAGCUAUUCGCGUCCAGCAAAACAAGCAAAAGCUUAACAGAAGGCUUUCCUUAGGAGAGAGAACAUGAACUGCAUUUGUGUUGCUCACUCGUGUGCCAAGUAGUGGGAUUUCUUCCAUUGAAGAAGAAUGGAAGAAUGUGGCCGAAAUGAUACAGUGAGCAAAAGAGACGGGGUCAGCGUUGUAAGUCAGUGUUGCUAUUAUUAGGGCUUGGAAGGUCAUCACCAGCCCUAGUCCCUGAUCGAUCUGCCUUCCGACUGACCAGGAGCACCUCUGUCUGUUGUGGAUUAAGUAAGUCCAUUACUGGUGACAGGCACUGGUUUGGGGUCAGGGCAGCUUCCUUGGCUUUAGGUGGAAAGAGGUAAUAGAGCUGGGGGUCAUCUGCAUACAUAUGUCGCCGUUAUCCAAAACUCCGGAUGAAAUCUGCAUACCUUGUUGGUGUUUUUUUGUUGUUAGUGGGAAAUGUUAGAUCAAGUAUUUUGCUCUUGGGUUUUUGCAACUGUGUAUCCCAGCAUGCUUUCCAGCAGCACACGGGUUAAUCGCAAGUCAGCUUGAUUGAUAGCCUGCAGAGCCAAUAAGUCGGCUUUCCAGUUUCAGUAGUGUGGACAGGACAUUCGUCAUCUGGAAUGGAAUGUGGGAGUUGCCAGCAGAAGUUUGUUCGCAGACACUCGGCAAAGAGAGAGGGCAUGCUUUACCCAGCUAGGGAAAGCAUGCGUCCUAUGAGUGAUGGACUUUGUAAUUGUAUAUAGAUGUAUAUAAUAACGCCUUUGAUCCUGGGAUGCAUCUGCACAAUGAUGUAACACAACGGAAGCAUGGGCCCGGUAGCCUUCCCCUGGCCAACCCUUUGCAACCACAAAAUAGCACAACCUGCCCUUGUGCUUUUAAUAGCAGCUUGCUUUGCAGAAACCCGCAAGUUUCCUUUGCCACCCAGCAUGGAUUUGCUGCAAACACCUACAGACGAAGCUGCUAUUGAAGGUACAGGAGCGUAGGUUCAGGAGAACUCUUCUUUGGUUUCAUGGAACACAAAACACAACAUUUCAGAAACAGGGCUUAUUAUUCACAAGCCAAAGGUCUUGAGGUGCUCAACUUGGCUCUUUCCAGGGGUGCAUCUGAAUGUAGUUUGGCACCAUUUCCACUGCUGUGGCUCAUGGCUAUGGAAUCCUUGGGGGUUGUAGUUUGAUGCGUCACCAAUGUUCGUUGGCAGGGAAGACCUAGCAAAGCUACAACUCCCACAAUUGCAUGAGCCAAUGCAUCCCAUGAGUCAUAUAGUUGAUCUGAAGACCCUCAACCCCUCCCCAGUGUUGUUCUUGUUGGGAUGGCUCUCCUAAUAUUUCACGCCAUUGGCCUUUACUGUCUGGGGCUGAUGAGUGUUGAUGGGACUCCAACAUCUGGAGAUCAGCGCUUGGCCCACUUUGGCUUCAAACACACUUGUUGACCCAACCCACUCAGGAAACGCCUUGGCCAAAGUGGUCUUCUGAUAAGUUGAAGGUGGACUUUCAUUCUGAUGCACCCCAUUGUCUGGGGCUGAUGAGUGUUGGAGUCCCAUCAACAUCUGGAGAUCAGCGCUUGGCCCGUUUUGGCUUCAAACACACUGGUUGACCCAACCCACUUGGGAAACACCUUGGCCAAAGUGGUCUUCUGAUAAGUUGAAAGUGGACUUUCAUUCUGAUGUGUCCCAUGAGUCAUAUAGUUGAUCUGAAGACCCUCAACUCCUCCCCAGUGUUGUUCUUGUUGGGAUGCCUCUCCUAAUACUUCACGCCAUUGGCCUUUACUGUCUGGGGCUGAUGAGUGUUGGAGUCCCAUCACCAUCUGGAUAUCAGCGCUUGGCUCACUUUGGCUUCAAACACACUUGUUGACCCAACCCUCUUGGGAAACGCCUUGGCCAAAGUGGUCUUCUGAUAAGUUGAAAGUGGACUUUGACUCCGCAGAUCCACACUGUGUGCCUUUCAGGUGUUGGCUUUGGUAGAAACCCCAUUUGAGAUACAGGAAGGUCUCUGUUUUGGUGUCACUAGGAAAACAGCAACCCAGUAACGUGUCCAGAUGCGAGGACUGUGUUGCAGAUGCUGCUGGACUGCAACUCCCAUCGUCAGUGAUGGAAAGGCUGGAUUCAGACUCCACAUUUGCAGGCUCCGCUUUUGGAGAUCUGGUGGUUCAAUGAUCUGAUUCCUCCCUAGGAAUCUGACUGUUCAUGGAUUAAGAUAUCCUCCGUGGGCUCAGUCUUGUAAAGAAGGUGUGAAUCUCCAGAUAUGAUGGGACUCCAGCCCCCAUCAUCCCUAGGCAGGGUGGAUAUUGUGGAAUGAAUGCGGUUUAACACCACUUUGGGUGUACACUCUUGAAUGGAUGCAGUUUAAUACUGGUUUGGGUAUACAAUGUGGAAUGAAUGUGGUGUGACACUGCUUUGGGUGUACACUGUGGAAUGAAUAUGGUGUGACACCACUUUGGGUGUACACUGGAAUGAAUGCAGUGUGACACCGCUCUAGGUGUACACUGUGGAAUGAAUAUGGUGUGACACCACUUUGGGUGUACACUGUGGAAUGGAUGCGGUGUGACAAAGUGGUCAUGCCAACCGGCUGCGUGAAAUGCGCCAUCCCUGGCUUCCUCCCUGGGCUUCACCUCCUUUUCCUUCUCCGACCUUUCC